UUGUGAUACGUCUGUUUAGCUUGGUCUUUAGCUGAGAAAUAUCCGAGAGAGAAUAUUUGUACAUAAAUCGUUCUAUAUUUUCCAUUGAUAUAUCAUGAAUACGCCGAUAGUUAAAUUAUCGGACAAAGAUUUGGAAUCGGUUUAUGAACCAUCGGAAGAUUCCUUCCUCCUGAUAGAUGCCUUAGAAGCUGAUUUAGAGGUCUUAAAAGCUGCAAAACCUGUGAUGUGUUUAGAGAUAGGCAGUGGAUCUGGUAUUGUUAUCACAGCAUUGGCAAUGGCAUUAAAAACGCACUGUCAACCGUAUCAUUUAGCCAUCGAUAUCAAUGUCGACGCGUGUAGAAUUACGAGGGAAACUGCUGUGCAAAAUUUGGUAGAGAUAGAUACCGUGCAAAUGGAUUUAUUAACGUGCAUACGUAACAAUUGCGUUUUCGAUGUCAUAGUAUUCAAUCCACCAUACGUGGUAACCAGUGACGAUGAAAUUUCUAACGGACAGGUUUUAUCGAAAUCUUGGGCAGGUGGUACAAAUGGUAGAAAAGUUAUGGGUCGAGUGUUUCCUAAAAUUCCUCAUAUUCUAUCGGAUACGGGAACAUUUUACCUUUUGGUUAUCAAAGAAAAUGAUCCCGAACACAUUUUGCGUAUGUUUAUAGACUUGAAUAUGAUAGGCAAUAUAAUAGCGGAAAGGAAAAUCAGGGGAGAACAUUUGUAUAUACUGCGUUUUAAAAGAAUAAAGUAA